AUGUCAUUAGAUCGCAGUGAAAUCAAAAAAUAUAAAGAAUCCACACAAUUUCAAGUCCGUAAAGAAUCAUAUGAUAAAAUUAUGCGUGAAAACCCUGGAAAAUAUCCAUGUGUGAUUAUAAAAGGGAAUCGCUGUAAAUAUAAUAUUCCAACACACAAGUAAUUUAUAUUUAGAUUUGCAUUAGAAGGCUCCAUGACAGUAAGUUGCUUCCUUUACACCCUUCGUAGAUAUUUCAAGCUUUCUCCAAAGCAAGGACUUUAUCUAUAUUUUUCUUAGUUAAAUUGAUAAUUGUUUUUAUAAUAUCAUUAACUCUAAUUUUGCAUUAAUAAGCUUUCGAAUAUCCAAAAUAAAAUAAUAAUGCUUAAAUAUCAAUUAAAAAGAGAUAUAUAUCUUUGCGACACACUUCCAAUGCUAGGAGCAAAAAUCUCUGAACUUCACCAUAUACAUUAAAAUGAAACAAGUGUCAACCUGCCCUCAUGGCGCAACUGUCCAGAUCUUAUAGUCACAGUGAAUGGGACGGACUCCAAAUCGUAACCUCAGGUAAUGUGUAUAGGGUCAGUUUUAACUGCCUUCUUGUGGUUGGUAAUGGAGGGUGCCCGGUAACAUCCUUUGGAUCCAAUGACCCAUGGGCAUUCCUCUACCGAGAAAUUGGGGGUUUCGGCCAUGGCCACAGUGGAACACAGUCUUUUCCUGUAGCUGUCGAAGGAAGACACUUCGACAUCCGACAGACUCCAAGAACUGAUUAUUGGAGUCAAGUUACUCCAAUUGCCUGCAUCAUAGCUGCAAAAAUCCAUAUGCCGCCCACUCAAAACUGAAGCCGCAAGGCAAGAAGGAGAGAGAAAGCACCGGAAGUGGCGCAUAGACUCCGGAUGGUGGCGCAUAGACUCCGGAUGGAGUCGAAAAGCGGUAGAACAUUCAGUAUGGAAGGUCUUUAGUAACUGCGUCACCAAUAUGGCUAGCACCUGACUCUAAAUAACCUAACCUAACCCUGAACUUCACCAACGAUGUUCAGAUGAAGAUGGCUGCCUAUAUUUUGUUCUUACCAAUCAAGAAGAUAAAGGCGCUAUGAGUGUAUAG